UCCAGCCCGCUGCCGCCCGCGCCCUCGAGCCCGCUGCCGCCUCCCUCGCCGCCCAGCAUUCCCCGCCCGCCUCGUCGCCCCAAAUCACCACCACCCAACCCCCUGCCGCCAAACGUGCCUCCAGAGUCCCCGAACCCCCCACCUUCCCCCAGUCCGCCCCCGCCGACCUUGCCCAAUGUGCCGGGCCUGCCGCCGCUUGCACCAUCACCACCUCCACCGCCCAGCCCCUCUCCCCCGCCUCCGUCGCCUCCCCCCAGUCCACCCCCGCUUCCCCCUGGCUUGGCGGAGGUCCAGGAGCACCUUACGAUUCUUCCUUCUACCGCUGCUAUCGAGAAGGCCGGUGGCGUUGACGCCUACGUUAAUAACAGCAAGCAGAUUAUUGCUGAGGCAUAUGGCACCACGCCGGACCACAUCGUCGCCAUGUACGACAGCAAGACCGCUCGCCGCCGCAGCCUGGUGGACCUGGACAUCGCAACCGCCAACCGCCUGACCCAGCUCAAGACCCAGCUGCAGCUGCGGGACACCUACAUCGUCAGCACAAUGCCGUACGACCUGGAGAGAGAAGUGCAGGCCAGGAUGGACGAGCCGGCAGCGCUUGAUCAGUACCGGCGCGAGCUGCAAUCCUCUGAUGGUGUGCCUGCCAUCGCCUUCCUGGUCCGCCUGACCAUUGAGGUGCCGCUGCCGCCCUCGCCGCCACCUCGCCCACCGGCCAGCCCUGGCAUGACAGCGCCUCCGGACACGCCCGAUUAUCCACCACCCCGGCCCAACAUCCCGCCACGGCCGCCUCCAGUUAACCUUACUGCUCUGGCUGCUGCAACAGAGGCUGACAGCGUUUUGGACCACUUCCUGCCUCCACCUUCGCCGCCGCCACCAGUUCCUCCCAGCCCGCCAGAUCUGCCCCCGUCUCCGCCUCCCUCGCCUCGGCCCCCCCGGCCCCCUCGCCCGCCGGGCCCACCAGUCCCACCCUCGCCACCGCCACCACCGCCUCCCUCACCACGCCCGCCACGCCCGCCACCGCCGCCUGGUGCGCCUUUGGAGCCGGAUGUGCCGCCCCUGCCGCCCCCGCCGUCCAGCCCGCUGCCGCCCCCGCCGUCCAGCCCACAGCCACCCCCGCCGUCCAGCCCGCUGCCGCCCCCGCCGUCCAGCCCGCUGCCGCCCCCGCCGUCCAGCCCGCUGCCGCCCCCGCCGUCCAGCCCACAGACACCCCCGCCGUCCAGCCCGCUGCCGCCCCCACCGUCCAGCCCGCUGCCGCCCCCACCGUCCAGCCCGCUGCCGCCCCCGCCGUCCAGCCCGCUGCCGCCCCCGCCGUCCAGCCCGCUGCCGCCCCCGCCCUCCAGCCCGCUGCCGCCCCCGCCGUCCAGCCCGCUGCCGCCCCCACCGUCCAGCCCGCUGCCACCCCCGCCCUCCAGCCCGCUGCCGCCCCCGCCGUCCAGCCCGCUGCCGCCCCCGCCCUCCAGCCCGCUGCCGCCCCCGCCGUCCAGCCCGCUGCCGCCCCCGCCGUCCAGCCCGCUGCCACCCCCGCCGUCCAGCCCGCUGCCACCCCCGCCGUCCAGCCCGCUGCCGCCCCCACCGUCCAGCCCGCUGCCGCCCCCACCGUCCAGCCCGCUGCCCCUCCCGCC